AUGGGACACCAAGACCUCUUGAAACGAAAGCACCGCAUUGAUUGGCUAAAUCAGAGGUGGAGACAAUAUGUAAACAUCUUUGGUUUGCUUCGUUCUGGAAAUGCCCAAACAGCUAACAGCAGAGGUAAAUGCAAUCCAACAUCAGCACACGCACAGCCUGGGACAGACCAGGGACUCGGAGCCCUCAGUCUCGGGGGCAAGUUUCCCACGGUGGCAGAGGGUAAAGGUGGCAGAUUAAAAAAAAAAAAAAAAAUGACAGCAAGACUUCUGAGAACAGCCCUUGCUUUGCUCUUCUUUGGCCUGUUUGGGGUUCUGGAAGCAACAACAAUAUCAUGCAGGAAUGAGGAAGGCGAAGCUGUGGAUUGGUUUACCUUUUAUAAGUUACCUAAAAGGCAAGACAAGGAAAGCAGACAGACUGGGUUAGAGUACCUAUACCUAGACUCCACCACCAGAAGCUGGAAGAGGAGUAAGCUGCUCAUGAAUACCACCAAGAGUGUGUUGGGAAGGACGUUACAACAGCUAUACGAAGCCUAUGCUUCCAAGAAUAACAACACAGCCUAUCUACUCUACAAUGAUGGGGUCCCUACCUCUGUGAAUUACAGCCGAAAGUAUGGACACACUAAAGGCUUACUGCUGUGGAACAGAGUCCAGGGAAUCUGGCUGAUUCAUUCUAUUCCCCGGUUUCCUCCAACUCCUGAAGAAGGCUAUGAUUAUCCACCCACAGGAAGAAGACACGGGCAAACUGGCAUCUGCGUAACUUUUAAGUACAACCAGUAUGAAGCAAUAGAUUCUCAGCUCUUGAUCUAUAACCCAAACAUUUAUAGCUGUUCCAUCCCCGCCAUCUUUCACCAGGAGCUCGUUCACAUGCCCCAGCUGUGCUCCGGUUCUAGCUCGUCGGAGAUCCCUGGCAAGCACCUCACUGCACUUCAGUCAGCCCGGGGCCAAAAAUUCCUCCAUUUUGCAAAGUCGGAUUCUUUCCUUGAUGACAUCUUUGCAGCCUGGAUGGCUCAACAUUUGAAGACACACUUGCUAACAGAAACCUGGCAGCGAAAGAGACAAGAGCUUCCUUCAAACUGCUCCCUUCCUUACCACGUCUACAAUGUCAAAGCAAUUAAGAUAUCUGGACAGUCUUAUUUCAGUUCUUACCAGGAUCAUGCCAAGUGGUGUGUUUCCCAAAAGAGGACCAAAAAUCGCUGGACCUGUAUUGGAGACCUAAAUCGGAGCCCAUACCAAGCCUUCAGAAGUGGAGGGUUCAUUUGUACCCAGAAUCAGCUUAUUUACCAUGCAUUUCAAGGGCUGGUUUUGUAUUAUGAGCCCUGUAACUCAACUUGGUGA